AUGAACAUUGCCCUCCUGACCCGAUGGCUGUGGCGUAUUGCCAAUGGGGAGGGAGGCCUCUGGCUCUCCAUCAUCCGUAAUAAGUACCUCCGUGGCCAACCUCUUGCCUUUUGCCAACGUACGGGUGGUUCCCAGUUCUGGCAGUCCGUGAUCCAGCUUCUGCCCGUACUACGCAUCGGCACAUCCAUCUCAGUUGGCUCCGGAGCCUCGACCUUGUUUUGGUUCGACCGCUGGCUUGGGGUAGCCCCCCUGGCGGCGCGUUUCCCAGAACUUUUUGCCAUUGCGGCUGACCCUCGGGUCUCUGUCGAGACGGCCCUUAUUGACUUAGGGCGUCUCGCCUUCCGGCGCCCCUUUGGCCCCCUCGAGGUGGCCGCCUGGGACUCCCUCCUCCAAGACAUCGCACUUAUGCCGAUGGACGUGGCGGAGGACCGGGAUGUUCUGUCCUGGCGCCUCGAGCCCUAUGGACGUUUCUCCACGAAGUCCCUGUACGGCGCCAUUGCUCCCUCGACGGCCCCGGAACCUUUUAGCCUGAUAUGGGACAUCCGUCUCCCACUGAAGAUCAGGAUCUUCCUGUGGCAAUGGAUCCGUGGACGCCUCCCCUCUGGGGUUGAAGUCCUCAAGCGUAAUGGCCCGGGUGAUGGGAUGUGCCCCAUUUGUGGCACGAUUGAGGAUGCUAACCACAUCUUUUUCUCGUGCCACUCUGCCCAGUUCCUUUGGGCCUGCUUCCGCGAAACGGUUGGCGGACAGUGGUGUAAUACCAACUUUCCCGACCUGCUUGCCGAGCUUAACGCCUGCCCUGCUCGCUACCGCCAUAUUAGAUGGCUGUGCGUUGGGGUUCUCGCCUGGACGCUUUGGAACAUUCGAAAUAAGCUUUUUAUUCAGAAGCUUUGGCGGCCGCUUAGCCACCCCCAGGACCGAGACGUCAUCACCGCCCACCUCUCCGAUCUUCGCUCGAUGGCGCUCCGCGUGGCUCCCCCGCUGCCGCCUCCUCCACCUGAGCCUGACUAG